UGGACAACUCAGAUUCGUUUAUCUCAUUGGACUAUGGAGUAAAGCCUAUUUCGAGAUAUUUAUGUCAGCACUGAAAGUUAUAUAAAUGUUGGCUGACCAUGUGUUGUGAUCGAGCAGCUGCUGCCAUGGCGAGUUAUUCACCGAGCUCUAGUCCAUCACCGGUCCUUCGGACCCCUGAACAGUCUAGUGUUAGAGGUCAAGAGACGUUAAGGGCCGCUCCACCUACUUGGAAAAAAUCAUCCGGCUCGCGCCUUGUGAUAGCGAUCGACUUUGGGUCGUACGCGAGUGGGUACGCAUGGCAGUUUCGGACGGACUUUGAGCGAGACCGGCUGGACAUCCAUGUCAACACGAAAUGGUUCGAGGGUGGAAUCAUUUGCUACAAAACACUUACUGCGCUGUUGUUGAAGAGUUCUUUAGAUGCAAAUACAACAGUGGAAGACGCUAAUGGUCGUCACUUGCCAGCUUCAUUGGUCUUUGGAAAGUCCAUUCAGUUCAUGAAAGACCACGCCAUAAAACAUCUUCAAGAGACAGGACUUGCAAAUAUAGAAGAAGAUACUAAAUGGGUGAUCACAAUUCCGGCUAUAUGGACUGACCGUUCGAAGGGUUUGAUGAGAAAGGCGGCAACGGAAGUGGCGGGAAUUCCAGCAGAAAACCUGACGAUUGCUCUAGAACCGGAAUGUGCGGCCAUCUACUGCAGUCAGCUCACACUUCAACAACUUGAAAUCGACGGUGAUGGCGGAAAACUGCAGUACAUCGCGGCACCGGGCUCCGUGCUCAUGUUGGUGGACAUGGGAGGAGGCACAAUUGAUGUCACAACAGUUCGAGUAAGCGAAAGAGGGCACAUGGAACACGUGCAGAUGUCAGGUGGUGGACCAUGGGGAGGUAUGAGGAUCGAUGAAAAGUUUUUUAUGAUGCUCAGAGACCUAAUUGGCCAAGAAGUGUUCAAAGAAUUUGUGAAAGAUAAUAAAAUGGAUUACUUCGAUCUUCAAAUGGAGUUUGAAGCACAAAAACGACUGGUCAAACACCCCAGUGACCCCGAUUCAAAACAGCGAUUUCAAUUAAAAUUCCUGAGCUGCUAAAAACUUUGUGGAUAGGAAAAACUAACAAAACCAUUUUGGAAAUUAUGGAACAAGAUUAUAUUAGAGGAAAAGAUAUAAAGUUCAAACAUUCGCGCCUAUCAUUUCCUAUAAAAAUCAUCCACGACAUGUUUGAUGAAGGUGUUGAAGAAGUUCUGAGUUUCACAAAAAAGAUUCGUUUGUCCCCCAAAAUUAAGGAAUUGCCUAUUACAGCGCUGAUUGCUGUUGGAGGUUUUGCGAUGUCGAGCUAUGUGAUAAAAACACUGAGACAGGAGCUUGGUGAAAACAACAUCCCGGUUGUUCGUCCUCAGAUCACGGAGUUGGCCGUCUUGCUCGGUGCAGUACUUUUUUGACAUAAGGAGGACAUCAUAACUUCCCGAAUAAUGCCUUACACGUAUGGCGUGUCGUGUACCAUGGACUUUAAUGCGGAAAGGCAUAGCAUUGAACACAGAUUUGAAGACGGUGGGAGGCUUUGGGCAAAUAAUGCGUUUCGGAAACACGUUACUCGCGGUCAGGCUGUUAAACUUGGAGAAUGGAUCGUCGACAAGGAUUACUUCCCUGAAAGUGAUGACCAAACUUCGGCGACUAUCUACGUUUUUGCCUCCGAUAAAACGGAUACCAAUCAUAUUACUGACGAAGGUUGUCAGUUCGUGGGUCAGUUCGACGUGGAGUUUCCGAGAACUGUAGCUAAACCGAUUGCAAGGAAGGCAGUUACAGAAGCCAUGCGAUUCGGAGGCACGGAGUUAGAAGUAAAAGGAACAAGUAAUGGCGGGGAAACAUACAAGAAAAAAAUAAAAUUUUAAACUUUAUAAAAUCGAUGUUAAAGGCGUGAUUUUAUUUAGUGAUGUUUAUGACACUAAUUAUGUCGGGCAAUAAGUACAUCCUAUAUUGUAUGUAUAUAUGCUUGGCAUGUACUUAAGAAUUAUAGCCGGGAUUAAACUUUAGAACGAA